CCUAGCAUACUACCCUGCGCUCGCGUUCGCUGCAAAGAUGGCUCCCGAAGAAACAAACUUGAAUGGCGUGUUGUUUGAGAAUGACGCAGCGACUCCCGACCUCGGAUUGGAGCAGACUCCGGUCCAGCGAGCCGACGACACGCCGUGGGCCUAUCACUGGUUACAUCUCGUAUCCAUACCGCCUUUAUACGUCGCGAGCCUGUACGGAGGCUACCUGUUUCUUACGACGGCGAAAUGGCAAACGGACGUAUUUACUUGCCUGGUGCACUUGGUAUCGAUGCUGGGAGUGACAGCGGGCGCGCACCGGCUCUGGUCUCACAGGUCUUACAAAGUGAAGUGGCCCCUCAAACUACUUCUUUUAAUCUUCCAGACAAUAGCAAUGCAGUACUCGGUGAUAAACUGGGUGCGCGACCACCGCAUGCACCACAAGUACGUGGACACGGACGCGGACCCGCACAACGCCGCACGCGGCCUGUUCUUCUCCCAUGUCGGCUGGCUGCUUGUACACAAGCAUCCUGAGUACGUGCGCAAGAGCAAGGGGCUGGACCUUAGCGACGUCUACGCUGACCCAAUGUUGCGUUUUCAGGACAAAUAUUUCCUUAUCUUGAUGCCGUUUACUACUUUCAUUCUCCCCACCCUAAUCCCGGUCUACUUCUGGAACGAGUCUUGGACAAACGCUUUCUUCGUGGCCGCCGUACUCCGCCUCGGGUUGACCUACAACACUGUUUCUCUUAUCAACUCCGCCGCUCACAAGUGGGGCCACAAACCCUACGACAAGAAUAUCCUGGCCACAGAGAUUUCUCUGGUCUCUCUACUCUUCGUUGGAGAAGGCUUCCACAAUUAUCAUCACACUUUCCCAUGGGAUUAUAAAGCGGCAGAACUCGGCAGCGCCAUGUUGAAUUUCUCUACGACGUUUAUAGAUUUCUUUGAGAAAAUUGGCUGGGCUUAUGACUUGAAGACCGUGUCUGAUGAGGUUAUUCAGAAGCGUGUUAAGCGAACUGGAGAUGGGUCCCAUCUCCUAUGGAGAAGGAGCGACAAGGAACAAUCUGAAGAAGUUAUUGAUCCAGCUGUUAGAUUUAGCCCUAAAUGUGAUUAAUUAAAUGAUAUAAUUAUGUUAUUUAUCUUUGACAGCCUUCCUAGGCUAGUAGUCGAAGGUGCACAAGCCAUAAAAAGCUCAAAUACGGCGUUCUCUAAAUAAAAGAUAUCCUUUGGCAG